CAGCAAUCAUGCGCAGUGACGCAUUUUUGAUAGCGACAACUGGAAACGUUCUUCAUUUUAGUAGCCUACCUGUGUAAAAUGAUUUAUUUUGGUUUCGCCGAAAUGCUUGAACGAACUUUACUGCUGGUGAUAAUUGUGCUGCCUUUUGUCCGCUGCGAGAACGAAAAAGUUGUGUUUCAAUUUCCUGAGUAUGAUUACAAGGAAACGAGUAAAAACGAACUGGCCUUCCGUGAAUACGAAUCGGCGUGCGAUCAGAGCCCACGGUGUUCCACUUACGAGGGAAUCCAGAAGACACGAUGCGUAAGGGAGUGCGUUUCGCCCUCGUGCUAUCAGGAAAUUUACCGAUUUGAUGAGCUGGAGGAAGGCGAAAUCGACGUUCGACUGAACUCGUUUAGAGCUUGCUUUAUGCUGCGGUUGAGUAGAACUCGGGGUUAAGGUUGCGGAAAAUGUUCGGACGUAAAGAAUUUCAAUGCUGCGAUUUUAUUAAUGAUAGGAAUGAUUAUGUUUGAUACUUCUAGAACAAAAGCACAAAAUUUGACCAAAGUAGAAAACGAUUGCUUUUGAAGCGGCUUAACCUCUACAGCUCAGAUUUUAGGUACGUAGUUUGGAGCGAAAAAUUGGAUUGGGAAAUAAAUACAUACUUGCAAGCGGCCAACGACCCUUAGACUGUAAAA